GAAAGCUUUGUUUGGCCUGGUGGGUUCACGGCCCGUCAGUUCAUCUGGCCCGUCAGUUCACAGAUGUGCGCGGUCGAGUUAGUCGGAUGGAAGUUGAGAGCAGUGAAAUUCGAAGGACUGUGGGAUCCGGCAGGACGGCUCUUAACAGGUUUUGUCUGCGGUAGUCGUGACACCGUCGUGACGAGUUUGGUGUGAACAUCUGGGGGAUCGGAUGGUGCGCUCAAAAACAACAUGGACAUCGGGACCGAUUUCCCUGACAAGUAGUAGCAUACCGUUUGCAUGUCAAGCAACGAUUUGGAACGUUCACCUCACUUGGCACAAAAAUAAAAUAUAUAAUAUAUUAUGUCUUUCUAUUUCCGUCUUUCGUUCGCGUGUUGGUGUGUAUGUGGUGCAGUGCGUGGCCCAAAACUCGGCUGCACAUGUGGAGAUGCGUGCGUGAGGCGGGUGGCUGGGAGCAAAACGAGGCCCAGACCCACAAGAGUGGCGGCCUCCGACACUCAAUACGGAGAUAGCAGCAAGCCAACAUGAGUCUGGCAUCAAGAACACCAGCACGUUCCCUCACCACGGAGCAGAGGCCCAAACCUUAGGAGGCGGUAACUGGAAGUGACAAGACUGACGCUCCCAAAAGGAAAGAGAACGAGAGGAAGCAUUGCAGACGAGGAAAUCGGUCUAGGGCUCAUGAUAGAAGUCGGCAGGAAUGGCAUGCUGUCUACACGAAAGAAUAAACAGCAGCAAACCUACUGGUCCUAUCUGGCUUGGAUCGACCAUGGAAAGAGGAAAACCACUACAACCACGACCAGACAAGACAAGCGGACACAUGCAAAGCAAAGCAAAACCGCGCGCUACAAGACAAGAAACCACAUUUCAGCAACUUAAAUAAAAAUCGUAUUAUAAAACAACAUACACUUAACAAAACUAUCAAAAACCACUUUUCUACCACAAACAGCAAUAAGCAUAGAAGAUGGUAUAAGGAAACACCUUUUUUUUUUUUCCUGGCCUUUCAAUACGAGGCUGUAAGAUGGAAGCUGGCUGCCGCGGUACAUGAGGCAGGUCUUUUGUACAACCUAGCGCGCUCUGGGCCACUAACAAUUUUGCCGGUGGUUUUUGGUCCGGCAGAGUGCUUGGGGGUACAAAACCAUAACAGCUCAAUUCUUUUGAUAGGAACAAAAGGGGAAGAUAUGCAGAGUACUUUUAAGAAUAGCUUUGCAUUUAUGGGUUAUAAUUAAUCUCUUUUAAUGGCUCUUUCAGCAAUAGAUCUUGAAACUGUGCCUCCAACGAAACCCUGGGCUCCUUCACCCUCAAGCCCAACAUCUCAGCCUACACCAUCCAGCCCAACACCCUCUCAUCCUUACCACACCCAUUCCACAACUUACCCCACAACACCGCUCUCACACGCAAAUUCAACAGCUCCUGACACAACAUGCAAGGCAAUCAUAUACUAUGGCCAGACAGUUUACAAUGGACACAAUGCCUUUUACUGGAAGGAGUCUGAUCAGCCAAAUACUACUCCUGUCCUGGUAACUCCAAGCCACACCAGAAUCAUCACUUAUGGAAUGAAGUCAAUCAACAUUACCUGCAAACUACCUCAAGGCAUCAACUCCCAACAGCUCACUGUUGAUGCAAGUGACAUUACGAAGCUGGCAGCGAGUGGGGCAAGGACAUUAGUCAUUCAGUUUAAGACUGCAUCCCCUGACCUUGUGAGCACCAACUACAAUCCUCUCUCAUGGCAGCCAAGUGACGGCAGCCAGGGCAGCCCGAUACUCCUGGAUGCGAGUGAAGUCAAAUGCGUACAGACAUUGAAAUAAGUCAACACAACCUGCUCCUUUACAUUUCACCUUGCAUACAUAUAUGUGACACCAGUUUCUUGCAUGAUGAAUCUUUAAUAGUUUUCUGUAACACUACUGGUUUCUAUGAUGAGGUUUCAUGCAUUUUUUUCCCAAAUGAUUUGACAACCAUGAAUGGACUGUGCGAUGCACGUAGUAAGUGAUAUGAACAUGAUAUUUUCUGUGCUACGAACAUUUGAGAUUGAUGUAUGUGAGGUUCUAGCAUUCAGCCAGGAUCUUCAUUUCUUUGUCUCUGAAUUGCUUGCUGUGAGAUCUUGGUGUUCGCAAGUUAAUCUUUACAAGCUUCCUCUCCUCACCAGAGUUACCAUCAUGAAAGUACAGUUCACCCACAAGUCCUCAGGCAAGCCAUGCUUCAUGCUUCUCCUUCCUACUUUGAGUACAUUGACAUAUACAAUGUGACAAAGAGAGGAACACACGGACAAGCAAGGUGUUAUUCGGCAGUCUGAUCCUGGACCUGCUCGGCUUGAAGGUGGUGCUUCCCGUGUCUCCUGCUCUCCUCGACUGUUACUCCAAGCACAACACCAGCGGCUUGUAUUCCUCUCAGCUCUCCUGUGUGACUUAUUACCAGCAUAUCAUCGGUUUUGCUGCGAGGUUCCAUUCUGUCUUGUUUGGCACUGAUUGGUGUGACAUUCAGCAUAGGCUUCACCGUCGGGCACACUGUGGGGGCUGCGUUCUCCCGCUGGGGAAGUACUGGGUGGUUCGCGGCCUCGGCUGUCUACGCACGCACUCUCACUGUGGCUAACAUAAUAUUCUUUGCUGUCUUCUUCCAGGAAUCGCUGCCUGAGGGCAGAAGGAGGAGGGACAUCGGUGCCAGUUUGACCGAGGCUUGGGAGGUGAUCAAUCCUAGGGCUCUGUUCUCCGUCAGCUGUGUCAAGGGCCUGGGCAGAGAAGCCUGGAGUUAACGCUGAUCUUCGCGACCCACCACAAGCAUAGUUACGACUCGUUGGCGCAGGACCGCAAGUUUUCCUUCCUGGGCCUGGUCAUGGCAAUUACACAGAGAGGGUUUAUGCGAAGUGUUAAGACUGGAACUGAAAAAGCAACUGCCAAUUAGGCACACACCUACAUUGUGAUGCAGCUCCUUGGAGGUGGAGAGCUGGCUGCCUCAGAGGAUCAGGAAACACGAGAGGUUCACAGAGGCUCGCCUCGGGCUUCGGUCGUCGUGAGGAACCUGGUGUCAGCAGUUCACUACGUGCACAGGAAAAGCAUCAGUGUUCACGGAGACCUAAAGCCAGACAGGGGUGAAAAGGGUUGGUGUUGAGGAUAGACAGAAAAGAAAAGAAAGGAAAGGUAAAAAAAGGAAGUUUUUUUGCAUUGAUUUUCCAUCUGCUUAUUUUAAAGAAUUUAUUGCAUGGAAUAUUAUUGAUCUCCAUCAUUUGUAUGGCCUUUAUAAUAAAAAGUAUGAAUUUA